AUGGCCUGUUGGGGAAUCUGGUGUAGUAGGAACGAACAUGUUUGGCAAGGGGUGGUGUUUGACAUGGAUGUAAUGCUACGCAUGGCUAUAAACUUCUGGCAGAAUUGGCAGCACGCGAAUGUGACGCAACAAACUGGGAAUCCUUGCACUGGGGAUGAUAGAUGGUCACGGCCAGCGGUUGGGAGGCUGAAGCUCAAUACAGAUGCUGCUCUAAACACAUCAACGAGUUCUAUGGGCUUGGGUUGGGUGCCGCGGGAUCAUGAUGGCACAUUCAUGGCUGCGAAGAAUAUGCGAUUAACAAGUGUCUUCACUGUUAAUGAGGCUGAGGCAGUCAGUUUACGUGAAGCUCUGAGUUGGAUUAAGGAUACUGGAAUGGGCAAUAUUGAUGUAGAAAUGGACUCCCAAACUGUUUUUUAUUCCCUUACAUCUUCCUCUUUUAAUUCUUCGUUUGGUCUUUUAGUAGAGGAUAUUAAAGAAUUGGCAUCACUCAUACACGAUGUGCAAUUCCGUUUUGUUAGACGAUCUGCGAAUUGUGCCGCCCACACUGUUGCCAGGGAGGUCUUUUCAGAGUCAGGUUGUGGAGAGUUGUUAGAUGCCCCUCCAAUGUAG